AUGUGUGGGAAAAGUGUUUACAUGUUUUUGUUAUUGUUAGUUUUGAAACAAGAUUUCGCGAUAAGUAUUCGCAUCACAGAACUAACAGUGCCGAGCCACGCUGUAGAAGGCGGUUCUGUCCUUCUUCAAUGCCACUACGACCUUGAAGGAGAGAUGUUGUACUCCACUAACUGGUACAAGGAUGGGAGAGAAUUCUUCCGAUAUGUACCUAGUAAUACUGUACCGUUUCACUACUUUCCAAAUGACGGAGUCGAUGUUGACGAGAAAGAUUCAUCCAGCAACGUCGUAAAGUUAGUAAACUUGACACCGGAGUCAGCUGGGCUGUAUCGCUGCGAGGUGUCCGGGGAAGGACCUUAUUUCAUGACCGUCUUUGAUGAGAAAAACGUCAGCAUACAUUUAUUGCCUUACAGACGACCUCAAGUCACAGGAUUGGAGGAUAAUUAUAAAAUUGGAGACAUUUUAGCCGUAAACUGUACGUCAUCUAGAUCGCGGCCUCAGACAUACUUAAAAUGGCUCAUAAAUAAUGAAGCGGCUCCGAAAUGGUACACAACUGGUCCUUGGUACAGAAUAUCGAGAGAACGACCCGAUGCCAAAGAAACUAUAAUGCAAUUAAGAUUUAUUGUUCAAAGUGAACACUUUAAGGAGGGAGUAUUGCAAGUAAAGUGCCAGUCUUCUAUAGCACCUCUAUAUCAGGAUGAAGUUGUGCAUCACAUAGUGCAUGCUGAAGACAACAUAAUAGAUCCAAUAUCAGAAGACAUAUUAAACGAAGAAAUAAAAAGACUAAUGCAGAAUAGGGAAACAAACGCGAACUAUGGAAUGGACGAAACAGACUUGCCAGUUCCCGAAUCACAGAACGAUCAAGGUCAAGGAAGUGUUUUUAAAUUGUCAAUUUCCAGUAUGGUGAUGGUACUUCUAAUACAAAUUAUUUUUUUAAAUCCUUAUUUAGGUAAUUAUAUUACUAAUAUCUAA